AUGGGUCUCGCAAGCAAACUAGCAGCCGCUCAGGCCAACCAGGGAGGCGCCCCACCCGGAGGCGUUCCCGGAGGAGCCCCCGGAGGGGCUCCCGGAGGCAUUCCGCCCCGUGCUCCUGGCGGAUCGGCCGGUGGAGCUCCCGGACAAGCGCCCUACCCGGUUCCUGGUCAGCAACAGGGCCAGUAUGGAGCUCCUCCCCCUCAGCAGGGACAAUACGGACAACCUCCCCAACAGCAAGGUCAGUAUGGCCAGCCCCCUCAACAGCAGGGCCAAUAUGGCCAGCCCCCUCAGGGUGGCCAGUACGGAGCCCCUCCCCAGCAGCAGGGCCAAUAUGGAGCUCCCCAACAACCCCCUAGACCGGGCCAACCCCCCGCUUAUAGUCAGCAGGGCGCCGGCCAGCAUGGAGGCUACGGAGCUGCAGGAGCCGCCGCAGGAGCCGCCGCAGGAGCCGCUGCAGGAUACGGAGCCAGCCAGUACAACCGACCUCCCGCUGGCGCUCCUCCUGGCCAGUCCCAGUAUGGACAGCCCCCCCAGCAGCAGGGCCAGUACGGACAGCCUCCCCAGCAGCAGGGCCAGUAUGGACAGCCUCCCCAGCAGCAGGGCCAGUACGGACAGCCUCCCCAGCAGCAAGGACAGUACGGCGCUCCCCCCACCCAGGGAGGAGGAGCCAACCAGGGCCAGUACCUGCAGAUGCUGCAGAAGGCGGUUCAGGAGAACCAUCUCGAGGCCUUCUACCCUCCCCAGGCUCUCCAGCAGAUUGCAGGCUCCAUCAGCACCCAAAUCCAGCAAGUUGCCGGCCAGUGGAACAUGCCCAUGGAGAUUGCUGUCGAUCUGGUGCGACUGGCUCUAUAUGACAUUGUCCUCUUUGUGGACGACUCCGGUUCCAUGGCCUUUGAGGAGAACGGUGAGCGAAUCGACGAUCUCAAGCUCAUUCUGGGCCGAUGUGCCUACGCCGCCUCGUUGUUUGACCGAGACGGUAUCGAGGUGCGAUUCCUCAACAACCACUCGCUCAAGGGUAAUGGAAUUGCCAGCGAGCAGGCUGCCCAGGCUCUUGUCGCUCAGGCCAAGUUCUCCGGUCUGACUCCUCUGGGCUCUUCUCUGGACGCCAACGUCAUCCAGCCCCUGGUUGUGGGUCCCGCUCGACAGGGCGGUCUCAAGAAGCCCGUUCUGGUCAUCACCAUCACCGAUGGAACCCCCGCUGGAGAGCCUCACGGUAAGAUCUUUGACGUGAUCAAGCGAACCAAGCAGGCUCUGACUCAGACCCGAUACGGUCCCGGAGCCGUGGCUUUCCAAUUUGCCCAGGUUGGAAACGAUCUCAAGGCACGAGAUUUCCUGGGCCAGCUGGACAACGAUCCUCAUGUCGGAGGUAUGGUCGAUUGUACCUCCAACUACGAAACUGAGCAGGAUGAGAUGGCUCGUCUGGGAGUUGAUCUGACCCCCACUCUGUGGCUGGUCAAGUUGCUCAUGGGCGCCGUUGAUCCUUCUUAUGAUCAGCAGGAUGAGGCCCCAAGACGGUAA